UUUUCUUAUAACAAAAACAUGUACAUAUAUAUCACAUUUUUUAUCACUUUCUGGAAUAUCUAUCCAUAAAAUAUUACAUAAUUGUAAUUGAUCAAGUACCCUAAAAUUUGAACCUUUAAGAUCACGCUAAUUUAAUAAAACUAAAUUUAAAAUCAAAGACAAGGAUCAAAUUUCCAAACCUUCAUUCUUCUUUUCUGAAAAUAGGGCCUCUGUAGCUGUUUAAAACCCACUUAAACCCUUAAACAAGCGCUAAGAUAAUCUAACCCAUGUUUCUUUAAGGUUAUCAUCACAAAGAUUUGUUUGAAAGGCUAUUUUUCAAGACUCUUAGACAAAGUUAUUUAGCAAUUGAAAUUGUCAAAAUUAGUUUUGUAAGAAAAAGUCACAAAAAUGCAUAAUUAUUCUUUUAGGAAAACAAACCAAAAAUGGUUGCUGAGCUUGUUAUUAACAAACAAGAUGAUGAAAAGUACCCUCGAAUGACACCCAAGUCACUAAAGAAAAUUUGUAAAGAUUUAAAGUUAUACCUAACACCUUAUCUAAAUGAUGUUUUGUAUCUUCAUUACAAGGGCUUUGCACAUAUCGAAAACUUGGAAGAAUACACAGGUUUAAAAACUUUAUGGUUAGAGUGCAAUGGAAUUGAUAAGAUUGAAAACUUGGAAAAUCAAAAGGAGUUAAAAUGUUUGUAUCUCCAUCAGAAUCUUUUAAAAAAGCUGGAAAAUCUUGAGUGUUUGCCUGAUCUGGACACUUUAAAUGUUAGUAAUAACACAAUCCAUAAAAUAGAAAAUAUCUCCUGCCUAACAAAGUUAAACACUCUACAAAUAAGUAACAAUCGUUUAGAGACUAUGGAAGAUCUUGAACAUUUGGUAGAAUGUAAAAAUAUUAGCGUGCUUGACUUGUCGCAUAACAGAAUAAAAGAUGAUAGAAUUGUUGAAGUACUUGCAAAGAUGGAGAAUCUUCAUGUACUAAAUUUAAUGGGAAACCCUGUCAUUAGAGAAAUAAAAAAUUAUCGUAAGACUGUUAUUUUAAAAUGUAAGGAUCUCAGAUACUUAGAUGAUCGACCUGUAUUCCCCAAGGAACGAGCAUGUGCAGAGGCCUGGGAAAGAGGUGGUAGAGAAGCUGAGUUAGAAGAACGAGAAAAGUGGUUGAAUAAGGAAAGACGGCGAAUUCAGGAAAGUGUGGAGUUUGUCUCAAAGAUUAGAGAAGAUGCUCGAAAAAGAGAAGGAGAAAAAUCAGAUGAAAAAAUUGAAAUGGACUCAAAUGAAGAAAAGUCCACCGAAAUAUUCGAACAGAUUCCUGAAUUGGAAGAUAUCAAUGACAGCAGUGACAAUUUUAAUACAGAAAGUGCGGACAUGACAAAAGAAACAUCACCUGGAAAUUCUGUUUAUCAUGCUUAUCCGAAACACUUUCAAACAUCAAAUACACAACAAACCGAAUGUGUAUCUUCAGAUGCUGUCGUAGACGAGACUACUGAGUUCUUUGAAAACCUUGGAAAGCUUGCUAACUUUGGGUCUUCUUUUAGCACUUUCAUUCCAACAACAUGCUCGUCCAGUAGUGCUGCAAGCCCGAAAGCAAAAGAUAUAGAGUCUGUGUCUUUUACAACAAAUUUGGCUGAUACAAAACCUGCCUCAGAAGCUGCUAAUUUAAAAGCGGAUUCAAGGUCUUCAGAAGAUCAUUUAACUGAAAGUCCAACUUUGCUAACAAAGCUUGACAGAUCUUCUCAUGAUAGUCUGUUUAUGAUAUCAAACGAAAUUGAUGAUACUGAACCAAUCAAUGAAGAUGACAUCGAAGUUAUUGUUUUAAAACCAGAAAAUAAGACAUCCUUGAUUGAGGAACUCGACGUGGACCCACCUACUGGAUUCUUACUACAUGAAGUCUCCACGAAAAGAAUCACAAACUGUGAACAAACAGCAAUGAAACCACAAGAAAAUGUUCAGCUUGAAAGGAGAGAAACCGAACCUCAUCCUUCAUGGGCUAAACAGACGAAGAAAGUUUUGAUUGAAGAAAUUCACACUUGUGAUCAACUUAUCGAAGAAAUAGAUUGAUAGUUUGGAAAGUGAUGAAUUCCAAAUAAAACAACUUUAAUAACAGUUCGUUUGCUAUUUUUAGUUCUUGAUUUAUUUUGUGAAAAUGUGUAAACUAUUUUCGUUUAUUUAUACUGUCAUAAAAUUUAUCAUUUCACGGAAUUAA